AAGUUUUUUUGGGAACAAUUUUCAUUGAAUAAAAUAGUGAGAAAUAAUAGGGAGAGAGAGGAUUAUAUAUCAUUAAUUUGGACUCCGAAAUAUUUAUUAUUUAGUCAAUAAUAAAGUUCGAGGAUCACCUAAUUCUUCUGUUUAUUACUCUCCUAAUCACUGCCUAAAAAUUCUAUCCCUUAGACAAAAAACCAAAACCAGACAUUUCCUCCAACAAACGCCACCUUCAAAUUUCACGACGAUUAUCAUCGGAAAAACUUUUCCGAUAUUCAACCCUGCCAAUUCAGGAUGUCUGAACACCAAGCCAUUGACUAUGAACAUAAUGAUGAUAAAAGGAAGUUGCUUGUGUCACAAAUAUGCAUGGAGGCAGUAAAGAACUUCCCGCCGACCGCAGCGUCAAUGCCAUCUUCCCCGACGGGCCACCGGAAAACCUGCCUCUGCUCCCCCACCACUCACCCCGGCUCGUUUAGGUGCCGCUACCACAGGAACACCAAGCUCACACGCGCCACCAUGUCUGUCGCCUCCAAUCUCUCCGAGCUAGGAAGCGCUUCGGUCGCCAGCAAGCUCUCUGAGCUGGCCGCACGUAAAUAGGGGCCCGUGUAUGAGGUGACAUGUGGUUUCUAGAGAUGAGUCAUCAUUGUUGGACAAAUGAUGAUGAUGAUCUUCAUCUGUUAAAGAACUGUACAUUUUGAAGAACUUGUGUUUUUAUUAUGAUUGAUAUAUAAACUAUUUAUCUUCUUGUUCUUUCGUUUAUAACUAUGUUUAUCUUUGUAAUAAUAUAUGAUGCACAGUUUUGAC